AACCCAGCUAUCAUUAGCGAACUGUUAUCUAACGUCUUCCAUCAGAUUAGCGUUAUAAACAAAUAGCUAUAAUAUAAAUAUUAAUAUUUGCCUAAUUAACCAUGUCUGGAGAUACAGAGGACUGUCCGCAACUUGAACUUGAAGUUGUUAUUGGAUUUAAUGGCCAUGUAUUUUCUGGAAUGGUUGCACAUCCGGACAGGGAGCAUCUCAUUUACUGCCUUGGGUGCAAUGUCAUCAUAAAAAGCCUUCUCACCAAUAAGCAGGAUAUUCUUUACGGCCACACCAACAAUGUUUCUUGUGUCACUGUAUCAAAAAGUGGGCGAUAUGUGGCAUCUGGACAGGUCACUUUCAUGGGAUUUAAGGCAGAUGUCAUUAUCUGGGACUUUUCAAAGAAAUGUAUUCAUGCUCGUCUUCAAUUGCACAAGGCCAAAGUUGAAGCAAUAGCAUUUUCUCCGCGUGAUAAGUACCUAGUAACUCUUGGAGGCCAAGAUGACAGCACUGUGGUUGUGUGGAAUGUGGAGACCAAAGAGGCCAUCUGUGGCAGCCCUGCAUCUGCCCACAGUGCAGGCCAUUGUCUGACUGUGCAGUUCUGCAACAACACAGAUGAUGUGUUUGCGUCUGCUGGCUGUGGGACUAUUCGAGUUUGGGAACUAGAUCUUGCCAACAGAAAAAUCCGUGCAACAGAGUGUCAGACUGGCCAAUUGAAGAGGAUUGUCAAGUGUAUUGAGAUUCAACAUGAUGACGCCUAUUUCUACUGUGGCACAACCAGUGGUGACAUACUAAAAGUUAAUAUGAAGACCAGACUUCUCAAUAGCUUUGGACCUGUAAAACAAAAAUUCAUCAAAGGAGUGAUUGCUAUGAAAGUACUGAAAACAGGUGACUUGUUGGUUGGGUCAGGAGAUGGCAUAUUAACCCUGUGCUCUGAAUCCAACUUUAAAACAUUGAAACAGGUGCAGCUGGAAGGAGGGGUGACCUCUGUCACCCUGCGGGGUGAGGGCCAGCAGUUCUUUGUGGGCACCGAGGCCUCUCAGAUUUACCGCUUCAACUACGUGGACUUCAAGGAAAAGCUCAUUGUCACCAGCCACAGCAGUGCUGUGUGGGAUGUUGCUUUCCCCUAUGGCUCCUCUGAGCUCUUUGCCACCUGCUCAGAGAACAACAUCAGAGUGUGGCACACCGAGACUUCCAAAGAGAUGCUGCGGAUCUCUGUACCCAACAUGACUUGCAAUGCCAUCAGUUUCACACCAGAUGGCAAAAGCAUUAUGAGUGCCUGGAGUGAUGGCAAGAUUCGCGGCUUCACACCUGAAACUGGGCAGCUGAAGUUGACAGUGCACAACGCCCACACAAUCGGGGUAACUGCCAUUGCUAUCACCAGGGACAAUAGCAGGAUCGUCAGUGGGGGUGGCGAAGGACAGGUUCGAGUGUGGGAGAUUCUGGCAGAUUCGCACUCACUGCUGGAGACCAUGAAGGAGCAUAAAGCUUCAAUCAAUUGUAUUAAGAUCAAGAGCAAUGACAAGGAGUGUGUCACCGCCAGCUCCGAUGGUGCCUGUGUCAUCUGGGAUCUAGUGCGUUUUGUCAGAAAUCAAAUGGUGCUGGCCAACACUUUGUUCAAAACAGUCUGCUACCAUCCUGAAGAGUAUCAGAUCAUCACCAGUGGCACAGACAGGAAGAUUGCUUAUUGGGAAGUCUAUGAUGGGUCUGCCAUCCGGAUGUUGGAGGGAUCUCUCUCAGGUGCCAUCAAUGGCAUGCAUAUCACCCUUGAUGGAAAGCAUUUUGUGACAGGGGGAGAUGACAAGCUGGUGAAGUUGUGGGCAUAUGAAAAUGGAGAGAUGACACAUGUAGGCAUCGGGCACAGCGGCAGCAUCACCAGUCUUAAAAUCUGCCCCAACAGCAAGUUUAUUAUCAGCACCAGUAAGGAUGGAGGAGUGCUGCGGUGGAGGUACCCUCAACCUGUUCACUGAGUUCUGCCCAUAAAUUGAAUCCAGAAGGGGAUUCAUGAAUUCAUUACUUAUAGGCCUAACAUUUCAAAUAAAUAUUAAUUUUAUAUUA